UUUAAGGUUGUCAAUCAGGUUUAUACUGAUAUAAUGGAUUGGUAAGGAUUUUACUAGUGGUACAAUCGAUUCAUUUUAUUUCUACAAAAAGACCCUCGUUAUAGUUUGGCCCGAACUAUAGACAAACUUUCUACUUUGGCCCGUGGUAUCGGAAAUUGCUAUUCUGACAUAAACUAUGUAGCAUACUUUCUUAUUUGGCCCAGAGGUGGGUUUGACCAUUAAAUUAGACGGUCAAUCGAGUUUACCGUUAGUUAAAAACCUCACUUGCCACGUCAGCUAUCAGGAAAUAAAAAAUUACUUUUUAUUUUUGAAUUUCUAAAAUUAAUUAAAAAUAAUUUGGAGAGCUCUUUUAAUUAAUUUUUUCGUUUAUUAUUUUUAUUGUUAGAAAAUAAACAAAAUUCGAAAAAUUCAAAAUUAAAAAAUUAAUUUUUUAUUCCCUGAUAGCUGACGUGGCAAGUGAGGUGGAACUUGACUAACGGUCAACUCGGUUGACUGUCUAAUUUAACGAUCAAACCAGCCUCCGGGCCAAAAAAGAAAUUAAUUUUUUAUUCCCUGAUAGCUGACGUGGCAAGUGAGGUGGAACUUGACUAACGGCCAACUCGGUUGACUGUCUAAUUUAACGAUCAACUUGACUAUAUUACAUGUUUAGUAUAUUACAUGUUUUGAGUUUGACCAUUUGGUCGGAACCUUCUAGCCUAACCUUAUGAUACAAAUUCAACUUGCACCCGAAAACACAACGGGGCUGGACUAUCCAGGUGCGAAGAACCCCGGAAGUUACUGCAAUGAGCAGAAAUCUCACUCACCGGCCUAAACGACAAGCAAACACUCGAACGCGAGAGCAAGGGAUCACCCAACGAAUGGACGAGCCCCAAGGAUGGAUUGAAAGCUAAGCAGUGGUAAUUUGAUAGAUUUACCGGUGGAAAAAUAGGGAGGAGCAUUGUAGCAUUCAUUUUCAUGUAGGUACGUAGGUUUAUAUACAACCUUGACAUACAUAUAUACUUGGGCUAUGUAACUAGGGAAUCGGCGCGCAGCGGGACAAACUACAUUGCACACAACACACGUUACCUGGUUGGACCUUUUUCCCCCUGCAGGCUACACAUGACAAUGGAUGCCGCCAAAGAUCGAUCAUGAUGAUGGAAAUCGGACCGAAAUCUCUGCUUAUAUCAAGGGAGAAAUCUUGAUCGAAAAGUGCUGCUGCGCCUGCUACUCGAUGUCGAUAGAUCGAUACAUAUAGUGACCACUUUUAAGUUGAAAAGGCAUGCCGAACGUGCAAACGAAAUUCAUCAAUCCUUUCCCCUGUUUUCUCCAUCAUCUUAUCGGAAAGUGAAUUGGGCCAACUAGUAGCUUACCUUUCCUUACAAUUCACACCACGAUCUGCAGCAUGUGAUGCAUUUCCUGACUUUAUUGGAGUCCUUCCAUCAAAUCUACAAUCCGAUCUUUAGUAACCAAAACGACAAGAAGCACAAAGCCAACCCAACUACCCCUGCCGGCCGGCCGGCCGUAGUAAUUGGGUUUGGUGAUCAUUGUCCGAAAGAUCUUUUCGUCAUCAAUAGUCAUCUGUACAGUGUUGAUGAUGGCAAAGUUUCUGAUCCUCAGCCAAUCUCUUUAUGUUAUGUCUGUGAUCAAAAUGGGACAGUGGAGGUGGCUGAAAUAGUGCAUUUUAUCGGAUAUACGGUCUGGUCUGUAUCAUACAGUUUUCCAACUCUUAACACACCCCUUCAAACAAAAGCCGACCCCUAUGAGGUUGGAAUUUGCACAGGCAGCUCGAGAUACCAUACUUAACAUAACGGACGAGGGUGUUCGAGAUUGGAUUCGAACAAAAUAUAUCUCAGUUUCACAAGAGACUGUAAUAUAUCAUGUAAAGAAUCAAUUGGUCUCAACUUUCGACAACUCAAGUUAUUGAAAUCCACGAUUAAUAAUGCUACUCUAACUACUCAUACACUAGCCAAAUUGCCCAACUGUACUAUGUUGGCCUGAAAUGGACCACUUGGACGGAAGAAUUCGAUUAAAGGGACAAAGGACUUGGCUGGCUGAAGAAAAUCUGAGUACGGCACCGACAUGAAAUAACUAGGCAGGCUCACAUUUCCUCCCCCGCUGUCCAAUCUCAGGAUGUGAGCAUAUUUGUAUCCAUUCUUCCACUGUUUCUCCUUGCCAAAUGCCAACCCAAUAAUGAACCGGCGGUCGGUCACCAUCAUCUCAAUAAUUCACAUUUUAUUCAACUAAAUUAACAAUUCUAUAAAUCCAUUGGAUCAUUUGACGAGCCAUACUUAUGCAUUUGAAGAUAGUGAAUUACAGUAUCAGAUCUUACUAAACACCAGCAUUUUUUUUUUUUUUUUUGUAAUUGGAGGGAGAUCCAGAGAACAAUUAAUGUCUUAAAGUUUGUUGCUAUAGGAGACUAACCAAUGAUACAAAUUGUUACUAAUUUACUUAAAACAAAUAAAUAAACUAAAAGAAUAGUCCACAAAUUAACCACUUGACUCACGAUAUACAAUUCAAUUGUUUCAAUACUAGACCAAAUUAUUAUCAUAUUACGCUUUAGGCGUUCAUUAAUUCCAAUAGCCUAUUAACAGAAAUUACCUACUCAUAAAGAGAACAACAAGUUAUAUAAUUAAUUAAGAAUAGUCCGGAUUUUUAUUCAAUUGAAAAGAGGAUUAGAGACCACGUUUAAAGUCGGUAAACUCGUCAAUCCAAAGUGAAAAAAGUUUCUCGAUUAAGCAUAGAAAUUAAGUAAAGGCAGCAAUCAUAUCAUCCAUAUCAAGUCGCCGAACAGACAGAAAGCAGAGGUCCAAGCUGUUUUGAUUAACCUUUUUUUCUCUGUUUGUUUCCGUAGAAAAAUAUUUCCCCCCACAAUAAAGUUAUGCCCGGAGAAUCUUGGCACAAAUCUUUCACAGUUGCACCCACACACCCAAUCCCAUAAAAUAAAAAUAAAAAUCAAUCAACACAAACAAAAUCAUUAUUAUAAUGAUUACGACGACGAGCGACACACCACCACAAAACACUCUCCAUAUUCCCACAUUAUAUACCCCCCAACCAAAAAACAAACCUCUCCCUCACCAUUUCCAUAACCUUUAAACCACACAUUAAUGGCUGCCAAUCCUUCCGUGCAAGUCAGAGAGGCCACCGUCAUCAAACCCGCCGCUCCGACGCCGUCCCACGUCCUCCCUCUCUCCGCCCUCGACUCCCAGCUCUUCCUCCGCUUCACCGUCGAGUAUCUCUUCGCAUUCAAACCACCGCCACAUCACCAAAAUGUCGACAUCGCCGAUCGAAUCAAGUCGGCGCUGAGCAAAAUUCUGGUCUCUUACUACCCCUUGGCCGGACGGGUCCGGCCCAGGCCCGAUGGUGGGCCGGGCCUGGAGGUGGUCUGUCGGGCCCAGGGCGGACUAUUCGUCGAGGCGGUCUCGGACUCGUUCGAGACCGCCGAAUUCGACGGCCCGCCCAAAUCGGUCAGGCAGUGGAGGAAGCUGCUGUCGUUCCAGGUCCCGGACGUGCUCAAGGGGGCCCCACCGCUGGUCGUCCAGCUGACGUGGCUCAAGGACGGAGGCGCCACGCUGGCGGUCGGGUUCAACCACUGCCUCAUCGAUGGGGUCGGCGGGUCCGAGUUCCUCAACUCGUUCGCCAGGCUGGCACGUGCGGCGGGAGCUGGAGGGAGCGAUGUGGUGAAUAAUCUAAAGCCCAAGCCCAGGCCCAUUUGGGAUCGCCACCUACUCGACCCGCCGGCCCACUACCCGCACUCAGUGAGUCACCCCGAGUUCGCUAGCGUCCCCGAUCUCUGCGGAUUCGCCGCUCGAUUCUCCAGCGACAAGCUCCUCACCCCGACCUCGGUGACCUUCGACCGGCGGAGUCAAAACGAGCUGAAACGGCUCGCUGCCGGACCGGGAUUCACGUCGUUCGAGGUGCUGGCGGCGCACGUGUGGAGGAGCUGGGCGAGGGCGUUGAGUCUGCCGGAGAACCAGACGCUGAAGCUGCUGUUCAGCGUCAACGUGCGGGACAGAGUGAGGCCGCACGUGCCGGCGGGGUACUAUGGGAAUGCGUUUGUGCUGGGGUGCGCGCAGGCGAGCGUGAAGGAAAUUGUGGCGGAGGAGAAAGGGCUGGGAGACGUGGCAAUGCUGGUGAGGAAGGCGAAGGAGCGAGUGGACGGGGAGUUGGUGGAAUCGGUGGUGGAGGAGGUGAGUCGGGGGAAGGCGCCGGACUCGGUGGGGGUGCUGAUAGUGUCGCAGUGGUCGAGGCUGGGGAUGGAGAGGGUUGACUUUGGGAUGGGGAGACCGGUCAGCGUGGGGCCGGUUUGCGUGGAUAGGUACUGUUUGAUGCUGCCAGUUCACGGUCAGGCGGACGGCGUUAGGGUGACGUUGGCUGUGCCUAACAGUGGGGCCGAGAAAUACGAGUAUUUAGUCAAGAGUCCAUGUUCCUGAUGAUCGGAUCCGCGCGCGGCCUGCCAACGGGGAUUUUGCCGAUGGGGCCUUUGGGUUGACUUUUUCUUUUGCUGUACAUUGUGAUUUCACAUUCUUUUCCGAUGAUGAUUUCGCUAUUUUUGUUUUUUACUUCUUUAUUAUUAUUCCGUGGCUAAUGGAUUCUAAUUUUCUCGGGUAGAGAAUCAAAUGGGCGAUGGGCAGAUCAAUAUGAAAAGCGAAAAAUGUAUUGGAUUUCGUUAGAUUGGACAAAUUAGCGGAAUGGAAGUCGAUAAUAUAAUUAGGGCUAGGAAACGGCGUGGUCUGGCAGACCAUAUAUACGGUCUAUGGUCCAGAUCGAGAGGCUGAAGUAUAGACCACAGACCAGACCAUAAACUAUACGGUCCGUUCUAGACCAUGCCUGUGCGGUCUGGUUCGGUCUGGUCUAGUCUAUGUAGACCACAGUAAAAAAAAUUGAAUAAUUUGUUUAGUCAACCACACAAAAAUUGAACCAAUAACCAAGAAUAAUAAUUGUUAUUUGCCUUAAAACAUUAAUCCUAACAUGCAUGCAUAAUUUUGAUACCCUAAAUCUUAGUACAUAACAAAGAUACAAAGUAAAAGCAUCCCAACUUGCACCAUAACGUCAUACACAUUAACAUAAUGUUAUAUUGAGACACGAUUAUCUCUACUCUUUGGUUAAAUAUAGUUGUAAAUGAAGGAGGGACGAGAUUCACAAAACUAAGACUUGGGUGUCGUUGUGGGAGUUGGGAGAGUGGUCGAAUGGGCUGUUAACACGUAUUGACAAGUCGGUUAGGUCCACGGUUUGGUCCGGUAAACUGCGGUCUAGACCAGACCAGACCAAGAGAUCAAAACAUAAAAUAAUACAGACCAUGGACCAGACCAGACCAUAUUUAACGGUGUACGAUCCAGACCAAACUGUGCGGUACGAUUUGGAUCACGGUUUUUCUAACAGUCUGGUCUAUUUUCCCAGCCCUAAAUAUAAUGUGGUUCAACCGAUAAUAUGUAAUGGAUAGACCAAAGUAAUUAUUAUGUUUGUAUGCUGUAUACACAUGACUAGUACUAUACAAUCUUCUGUUUGACGAAAUGAACUGAUCAGAUAACCAAAAAAAUUAUCCAUAUCAUUUUAAAUUUGAUACGGUGAUGGAUGAUGAUUGGGUUAGCCUAGGGUCAACAGCAGUAGAGUUGUAAAGUUAAUAUCUUUACUUAUUUUUUCUUUCCUUAGUUAGCUUUUGGACCCUUUUUUUUCAUGGUCAAAGCACGUAAUCUGAUCCUUGAUGAAAGGGAUUGCUAUGAUCUGAUGACCAUGUUUCCUUCAAUCAAGUUACUUUUUUUCAGGUUUUCCUUUCCACGGGUCACUUCGUUUGCCCUAUUUUCGUCCUUUAUUUUGUCUUCCCAUGGGGCUAUCUUCGUUUAAAUGUAGAGUUUGUGAAAUCGUAUCAACCGGUAUUUUUUUUAAAUAACUCUAUGUUAUAGUUUAAAUUGGUAUUUAUUUUAGGGAUAAAUAUUUGAACAUUUGUUAAUUUAUAAUUUCAUUACAAAAUAACAAAUUUUUUGUUGUACCACAUUCGAUACAAUAUUAUAAUUCUUGUUAAAUGAAUAAUUAACGAUAAC